AUGUAUAAAAGUAACUAUAGUGAAGGUGUGGAUGAUGAUGUCGAUAGUAAUAGUGAUAGUGGUUGUAAUAGAAUGUCGUGGAAAUGGACACAGUCGGGAAGUGUUGCUGAAUGUGGGUUUCAAAAGUUAAAGAAACCAGAUGUCUCGAUGUUGUUAAAUGGGUCGUGGGUAGUUGUUGCAGGGGACUCUCAGGCGAGCGAUUAUUCCGUAACUGUUGAUGAGAUUGGGAUGAAGUUGGAUUUCAUGUGGGCAUUGUAUGUGAGAAAUUUGACCAACUUGAUGUUGGAAUUCAAGGGAAAUAAGGAUUAUCCGGACGUCAUUUUGAUGGGAGCUGGGUUAUGGGAUAUGUUGCUCGUGAAUAAUGCAACAGAAUAUGGUAUAUCAUUGUCGGCAUUGAAGGAUUUAGUUUUGGCGCUUUUGCCGGUUUUUCGGAAUACGGAUUCCAUUGAUAGGAAGGCAAAUCUAAGGGUUUUUGGACUCAAUGGCAAUGUUGCCCAUCGUUUCAGUGUCGCAAGGAAGGAGCAAGACCAGGCUGUAGAUAAAUCCGUGGGAUCUCUAACUCAUUCCAUUGAAGUCGAAGAUACGAAGCGGGUGCACAGAUCACCAAGUCACUACGAAGGAAGAGAAGCAGAAGAAGCUGAGCUCGGCACAUGGUUGCUAAAAACUCCAAAUUCUCCUUGUCAGUGA